GGCCUUCUCCGGGUUUCGUUCCCGAUGGCCAACAGUAGUUCUGUUGGGGAGACUAAGUUUAUAUAUUAUAUCGAUGAAGAAGAAACUCCUUACCUUGUUAAGCUCAACAUUGCUCCAGAAAAAGUCACUCUUGGAGAUUUCAAGAAUGCUCUAAAUAGACCGCAUUCGAAAUUUUUCUUUAAAUCAUUGGACGAUGACUUCGGGUUAGUAAUUCCUUGAAUAUAUUCGAUGUAUUUUCAUUAUUGUUGUAUCUUGAUCGCUACUGAGAAUUUACGACUUGGUACUUAUGCAAUAUUUCUGAUAAUUAAUUGAUAUCGCGAAAAAACGUCGUUGCAAAUGCGUAUGAACUUUUUGCUACCAAUUUAUUACGUCUAUUUAUAGGAUAAUUAGCGGAAGGAAAAUACUUUUCAUUACUCACAUAUAUGCUGCAUACUGAGAGCCUUUUUAGUACCUGCCUGUCUAUGGGCAGCAGUCAGUAUGACGUCAAUAGUUUACUUAACCAUUCGUUGAUCUAUAUGAGAUACUGUCAUUGUAUUGUUACGUAAAAUAAGUCCAAAAGAACCAGCUCUUCCACUCAUUCUGUAAAUAUUGUGGAACGAUAUUUGGAUAGGUUAAGUAAUUCCCUCUGGAUUUUUGUCUUAGACGAGGAUUUGUUAAGUCUAACGUUCAAGGAUAGAUUACUGUUUUCCCGGAUUGUUAUCUAAUAUGAGUAAACCCUCAGCGUUGUGUCAGUCUUUGAUAUCCAAGCAUAUGGUCGCUUGUUUAGGGUACCUGUUUAUUUUGGGAAUAAUUUGCUCCACAACAACAGGAAGCGGUCAUUUGUAUUCAAAUCAAAUCUCGGCCACCGGUCUGAAAUGCCUGUCAGUAUGUUGAGAAUUAGUGUAACAGACAACACAUUUCUACUCCGUAUAUCCAGCAUCGUCACUAUAAGGCUGUUAUGUAUUCCUCAUGUCAAUAAAGCAAUCUAAAUGAGUGUUCAUUCCUUGAAAUGUAUAUGCGAAAAAGUAUUAGCUCCCGGGAAAUUCUGUCACGAAAGAAAACAGACAUGCUGGAAAGAACACCUAAUGUAACCGGUUACAGCUCUUCAGAAUGUACCCGAAAAAUUCUUUCAGUCAGAUAUUUCUUCGCCUUUGAGUAGCAUAUUACAAUAAUGCGUUCCGAUUGGUAGAGGUAAACAUAUUCCGCGCCAUGUACUCUCUUAGAAAUAUUUUGUUCUUUUGUUUCACUCGUUCAUUUCGUAACAUAUUCCUUUUUUGAUUUUCGUCACUAACAUUAUCCCCCUAUUUAUUUUCUCUCACUGCUUAUGUGAAACGUAGUAACGAGUAGGUUUACGUCCAAGAUGUUUUUUAAUGCAGUCAGUCACGCUUCCUUGCUGCUUUCUUUCAUUUCUUUUAAUCCCUAAUUUUCUUGUAAUUCCUAGGGUUGUUAAGGAGGAAAUAUUCGAAGACAACGCUCCACUCCCUUGUUUUAAUGGCCGUGUUGUUUCUUGGUUGGUGACUACAGAUGAAAGUAUAGCAUCUGAUCCAGGUGUUCUCAGCCCCUCCGUUGAACCAAACACUAGUGUAAAUAGUAGUAAAUAUGAUCCUAACCUUGAUUUGGAGUCUAAUACGCGAAGCAACAACGAAUGCAAAGUCAACUCUUGUACACUUCAGUCACAUACGACCGCUGCUCCAGCUGAUUCUACUUCUGCAAACCUUGGACAUGGAGGAAAUAUUGGACAAAAUUACGAUACAGAAACGGAAUCUGUACAUAGUGCUAACCAAGAUCGCAUUGCUCCUCUACGGAAUUUUCACAAUUAUAAAUCUAGUGGUCGACAUCACCAUACAACGAGUGGUGGUAGUCAUAUUACUCAACAGACAACCCAUAAUGUUUCACGGCAUCGCCACUAUCGUCAUUUACCUAGUUCGAAUACCUACGAGGCUCCUUCAAUGAUGAGUUCUGAUUUAGAAUCAACUAGCUUCUUAGACUCGGAAGAAGAAUCUAGCAGAUUUUCAUCAGUCACUGGAACAACAUUAUCUUCCCGUCGGUAUGGCCGUGCACGUCGCAGACAAAGACGUAGGCGUCCACCACCAAUCAGCCGGGCCUCUUCAUUCAGCAGUAUUACAGAUUCCACCAUGUCUUUAAAUAUUGUCGCAGUUACGUUGAACAUGGAUGUCGUCAAUUUCCUGGGUAUCAGUAUAGUUGGUCAGUCAAACAAAUCUGGAGAUGGUGGGAUUUAUGUAGGUUCUAUCAUGAAAGGUGGUGCUGUCGCUCAAGAUGGACGAAUUGAACCUGGGGAUAUGAUUCUGGAAGCAAAUGGGAUUAGUUUUGAAGAAAUGAGUAAUGACGAUGCAGUUCGCACAUUACGAGAGCAAGUUCAGCGUCCUGGACCUAUUACAUUAGUUGUUGCUAAAUGUUGGGAUCCUAAUCCAACCGAACGUUAUUUUACGAUACCUCGCCAAGAACCUGUGCAUCCUAUUGAUCCGCGUGCCUGGGUGUUACAUACCAAUGCAAUGACCACACCAGACUCACAGAUUCAAAGUAGUGAUAUACAUAGACAAGUUAAUGGGACUUUCAUGACUGGCGCCUCGUCAGGUGGUGAGUCUAGCUCCACUCUUAGCCCUCCUGGUCUUACUCCUGGUAUGAGCAUGGGCACCUUGACAUCAGGGCAAACUUCAAUGCCACUAGGUACAAGUGCAGCAGCGUUUAAUAUGGCUGCUUUACUUGCAGCCUCUAAACAAAAACAGCAACAAGAACAAGAACAUCAGCAGCAACAACAUUUACUUCAACAACGAAUUCAUUUAUCACAACCUACAUUUUAUCCUGCAUCAAAUUUAUUACUUCCUCAUGGUUAUAAUCAACAGAUCGCUCCUAGCAUUGUUACUGCAUCCAGCUCUCUGCCGGAGAUUGAACGUUACUCAGACCCCAUUCCAUUAAAUCUGUCGACAAGUAUUCCCACAGUUAUUCGUGCAAUGCUUCAACCAGAUUCUGGUCUCGAUAUUAGGGACCGCGUGUGGCUCAAGCUAACUGUACCAAACGCUUUUAUAGGUUCUGAUCUAGUUGAUUGGCUUUUCCGUCAAUUGGAUGGUUUGACCGAUCGCCGAGAAGCCCGAAAGUAUGCAUCUAAUCUGCUCAAAUUGGGAUACAUUCGGCAUAUUGUAAAUAAAUUAACUUUUUCAGAACAAUGUUACUAUGUCUUCCGGGAUAUAAGUGGACAUAUGUCUUGCUUAAGUUUAGAAGAAGUUGAUAGUGUCAGUGAAGUUGGUGCACAUUCUCAUCCCAAUUGGGGACACAAUACAACAAGUACUAGUUUAACUGUUAGGGCCGGUGCUAAUGGUAGCAUGCCAGAUUACAAUCCAGGUUUUGUUGGAUCUCACGGAAUCGGAGCAGCAAGUAGAGAAGGGAAUAGCAGUCAGUAUAGCACCGUUUCACCGAUGUAUCAUCCACCUGCUCCGCCUCUUGCUGCUCCUAUUCGUCAGUUGAUCGCAGACGGUCAAAAUAUAGCUGCUAACGCAAAUCUCCAGCAGCCACACAGUGGGUCCCGAUUGAAUAAUGGAAAUCGAGAUAAUAUUUCAGGCGGCUAUUCCAGUUCAACAUCUAGCACAAGUAGUGAGUCAGGCCAUUUCGCUCAUGAAAUUCCUGGACAUACGAAAUCGCGCCCCAAAGAAGCGUCCGCAUCAAACCAUAUUGGGGCUCAGGGAUUCAGCCAUUCUAGACAACAAGAUUCAGUUUUACCAAAUAUACGGUCACUAAAACAGCAACAUUCCCAGUCAAAUUCUAAUUUGGCACAGACUCUCUCUGCUACUGGUGGUGUUGCAGGCAAUCAGUCCAGAUUAAGACCUCCUUUUUAUUCUAAUGGUAAUGAUCUAUCUCAACAGAAUGAGCUUGCAGCAUCAUCUACAGGAUCUAGUUCAACUUCUUUUGGAAACCCAAGACAAAAUGUUCCCAAUAAUAAUUCUGAUAGCAAGCAACACCAGACACAAGAUUCAGUUAAACGAGAUUCUAUGCUCAGUUCGAAAAGUAGUAGCAGCAGUAGCUGUACUCCGUUGAAUGCAAACAUGCAGGAAACGCGACUGUUCAAUUCACAUCGGCUGUCUCAUAUGCCAAAUCACCAAAAUUGUGCUCCUCCUCCUCCUCCACGAAUUUCAACCGCUGUUUCUGGUUUCACACUGACAAGUCAUCCUUAGACAUGAAAUAAUCUGAAAAAAACCGAAUCACUGUGGUUUGGGAAAAAUUUUCUACCUCAUCCCAUCUCUUCUCGAAGAUUUCCAGAAAGACAUAAUUAUUUUGACCAUUUCGUUGUAAUUAGAGUGAUAUGUGAUACUCGGAUUUCCAUAAUAUAACCUCAUUUCUUCACAAAGAAGCUCAUCCCACAACUCAGGCCAUUUUUCCGAUUUUAUAUUCAUGAAAGUUUUCUCUCUGUAAUAUAUAGUUCACUCACGCGUUAAGUUGUAUAUUGUGCAAUCAUUAACAUUUUAAAAUACCCUUUUUAACAAAAGAUAUCAACUCUUGUAAUCAAUCUCAUAGUCUACCUCGAUGUAUUGUUUAUCAUUUAUGUAGUUACAACUUACUGUCUUGUUCUUCAAAUGAACUCCCAUAUUGCAUAUUAUGUACCUAUCCUUCUUUUUUAUCUAGCUGAUUCGUUUUUAUCUCAUUUCCUUUCUUUUUUAACUAACAGAAUAUGCUUUAUUUAACCGUAUUAUUCAGUUACCUACUCCAGAAUUAAUUUUUUCCUUAAAUUCAGCUGUCGUUACGUAUAAUAUUUGAUUGAUAUUUAAAUCAUUUGCAAUUUUUAAAUUAAAACUUUCUAACU